AUGGACUCGACUGUGGGUGACUACAUGAAGUGCCGUAAGUCAAACAAAAUAUGCGACAUGGUGCAGUGUGACACUUGCCAGUCAUGGGCGCAUUUCUCGUGUGUCGGAGUUACGGCAGCAAUCAAAGAUUCGGAUUGGAGCUGUGACAAGUGCAGCGACGAACUGCAAGUCCCAAAGCUAACAAAGAGGAGUUCAAGCAAGAAGGGGAGCUCGAAGUCCAAGAGUGAAAGAGGAUCGAUCCAACCCUCCAUCCCUGAGGGAACAGCAGGUCUGAACGAAGAACUGCGUAAGUUAGAAGCCGAACAACGUGCUAUGGAAAAAGCCUUAGAGGAGGAGAUGAUCAUUCGAGAAAAGCGUCUCGAUAUGGAGCGUGUCCUUCAAGAAAAACGUUGUCGAAAGGAGAAAGAAUUUCAUGAAAAGCAGAUGCAGCAAGAUAGAGAUCUAAAGGAGCGCCAAUUGAGGGAGGAACGGGAGAUGUUGGAAAGGCAAUUGAAAGAAGAAGCUAGAUUUGCUAGCGAACGUAAAAAGCUGCACGAGCAUUUUCAAGAUACGAAGAAAGCAAUUUCGAAGAGUAUUUCCGAAGAAACAGAAGGUGCUAUUGGAGGCGAGAAGCUAAAGAACGACAACGAAUUAUCAUUCGAUAAGAACGUCCAGUUCUGGCUGAAGCAGCGGAAUCAAGGUAGAAAUGGAGUGAAAUCCAAACUAUCCUGCUCGAUAGCGGAUAGUGAAGACUACGGUGAAAUCGAAGAGGAUGAUGCACCUGAGGAAAAAGCUCGCCAAGCCGUAUCGAAAAACCUACCUGUCUUCAAGGGUGAGGCAGAGAAGUGGCCAAUGUUCAUAAGUUGCUUUGAAUAUACCACUAAGGCCUGCGGUUUCUCUAACUUAGAUAAUCUGAAACGACUCCAAGAUUGUCUUCAAGGAGAUGCUCUCGAAGCUGUCCGGAGCCGGUUAGUCCUUCCGGAGUCGGUACCGGAUGUCAUCAACGACCUUCGUCGUAUAUUUGGCAGACCAGAGAAACUGCUGAAGACCCUUCUCACGAAAGUGCGGAAUGCACAAGCGCCAAGGGCCGAUCGCUUGGAAACCUUCAUGCAAUUUGGAAUAACAGUGAAGCAGUUGUGCGAUCACUUGGAGGCGGCUAAGCUAGCGGAUCACCUUAAUAACCCAAUGCUUGUCCAGGAAUUGGUGGAGAAACUACCGUCGAAUUACAAAAUGGACUGGGUCCGUUUCAAAAGGAGCAGGAUAGGAUCUCCUUUGAGAAUAUUCACCGAUUUUAUGAACGACAUCGUAGCAGAUGCAUCCGAAGUAUCAGAGUUCUCGACACUCUUUUUGAGUGACACCCGAGAAGCAUCGCACUUUCCACCCCCCUCGAAGGAAACCAAGCCCUGUCUUGUCUGUAGAAGGUCGGAUCACAAACUGCGCUUCUGCGACGAUUUUAAAAGGUUCAGUUUUGCGAACAGAUUAAAGGUCGUGGAGCAACACAAACUCUGUGCCCUGUGUUUGAACAACCACGGGAAAAGUCGUUGUACCUUCAGGAUUCGCUGCAAUAUCAAUGGAUGUCAAGGUGGCCAUCACCCUCUAUUGCAUCAUGCUGAGGGAUCCGUGCAGCUUAUGGACAUUGCGUGCAACGCGCACGGCGCACUGAACCGCGGAGUGAUCUUUUGGAUGGUGCCCGUAACUCUAUAUUUCGGGGACCAUGCACUGGAUAUUCUGGCAUUCUUGGAUGAAGGUUCGUCAUCCACUCUGGUUGAAGAUGCCGUAGCUAGAGAGUUGGAUGCCCGAGGGCUCGCGGAACCGCUGGUAGUAACAUGGACAGGCAAUGUGAAGAGAUUCGAAACUACGUCCAAAAGAGUCAACCUUAUGAUUUCAGCGCGUGAAUCGGAUGAAAAGUUGCCGUUGAAAGACGUUCGCACUGUUGCCGAACUAAAACUUCCAAAACAGACGAGCUACGAGAUUGAAGAGCCUAGAAUCAUCCUUGGACUGGAUAACCUAAAUGUGUUUGCUCCACUCGAAUCACGAGUUGGAUCACCUGGCGAGCCGAUCGGUGUGAAAUCCAAGCUAGGGUGGACGGUUUACGGCCCGCAACCGAGCGGAACCGUAGUAUCAGAAGUAAGAGUCAUCCUUCACUCGUUGGAACCAAUGACCAACCAGGAGCUACACGACGCCAUGCGUUCUCAGUUUUUGUUGGACGAUCCCUCGGUAGCCUCUGUGGCAGAAUCAAACGAAGAUGCGCGGGCUCGGAACAUAAUGCAGACCACAACAAUGCGAGUUGGAGACCGGUACGAAAACGGAUUACUGUGGCGACGAGAUGAGCAGAGAUUCCCAGAUAGCUACCCAAUGGCUAUCUCACGAUUGAAAGCGUUAGAGAGAAAGCUGGAGCGAGAUCCGGAGCUUGGUUCGAAGGUUCAUCAGUUAAUAGCUGAGUACCUGAUAAAAGGCUAUGCGCAUAAAGCUACCGUCGAUGAACUGGCAGAUAUGGCGAAGGGAAAUGUCUGGUAUAUUCCUCUGAACGUUGUUAUCAACCCUCAAAAACUAGCGAAGAUUCGUCUCGUGUGGGAUACGAGAGCACCUGUCAAUGGGAUAUCACUAAACUCGGAGCUCUUAACCGGCCCUGAUCAGCUGGUGCCUUUGCAGACCGUAAUCAGCAAGUUUCGGGAAAGACGCGUGGCGUUUGGCGGGGACAUCCAGGAGAUUUACCACCAGUUCCGUAUAAGAAGGGCAGGCAGAAAGUUCCAAAGCUUUCUCUUCAGACGAGAUCCGGGCAGCUCUCCUGAAACCUAUGUGAUGGACGUCGGAACAUUUGGGGCGAAGUGUUCUCCAUGCUCUGCCCAAUUUAUAAAAAACUUGAAUGCGGCGCAAUUCGAGCAACAAUUUCCGGAAGCAUCAGCAGCAAUAAUCAACAAACACUAUGUUGAUGAUUAUUAUGAUAGUGUAGAUACCGUUGACGAAGCCAUCAAGAUAGCUACCGAUGUGAAAUUGAUCCAUUCUCGUAGAGGAUUUCACAUCAGAAAUUGGGUGUCGAAUACUCCAAAUUUCCUGGAAGCGAUGGGAGAACAGCCGAUAACCUCUACUGUGCGCUUUCAUCAAGACAAGGAAACGUUGACUGAACGCGUCCUUGGAAUAGUCUGGAACCCAGUGGAUGAUGUUCUUUCUUUUUCCACGGCUACACGUCCUGAAUAUCAUUUAAUGCUUCAUGGGGAUUCUGUUCCUUCCAAAAGGAUCGUUUUGAGCUCAGUAAUGUCAAUGUUUGACCCCCUUGGGCUAUUAUCACCAUUCACGGUGUAUGGACGAAUAUUGAUACAAGACUUGUGGAGAACUGGCUGCAGCUGGGACGAGCCCAUCGAUGGUCAGUCGUUCGAAAAAUGGACUCGAUGGACGAAAGCACUUCCGAGUAUCGAGGCCAUUCGCAUACCCCGGAGCUACUUCGGGCAAGCAAGUUCGGCGGACAUUCAAGACCUUCAACUCCACAUCAUUACUGAUGCCAGUAAAGGUGCAUACGGAUGCUCGGCAUAUUUUCGGGCAGUUGUUAACGGAAGGAUACAGUGUGUGUUGGUAUCGAGCCGUGUCAAAGUAGCACCGUUGAAACCAAUGUCUGUGCCAUGGUUGGAACUGCAGGCAGCAGUAUUAGGAGCAAGGUUAGCGGUAGCAGUACGAAGUAAUCACACGUUCAACAUAGCGCAACAGGUUUUCUGGACCGACUCUACAACCGUAUUGUCCUGGAUUACCUCCGACGUACGAAGAUACAAGGAGUUCGUUGGAUUACGGAUCGGCGAGAUGCUGACGCUUUCCAAGCUUUGCGAAUGGCGUUGGGUUCCUACCAGGCUGAACGUGGCGGACCAACUAACAAAGUGGACCCGCGAUCCAAAUUUAAAUUCAGACAGCGAGUGGUUCAUAGGGCCUAAAUUUCUCUAUCGAGAGGAGGAAGACUGGCCAAAACAGAAAAGGUAUGAAUCCACGCAGGAAGAAGCAAAAGUACAUCUACUUGCUCAUGAUAUUCAGCUACUCGCACCGAUCAUCGAUGUUCAUCGAUUUUCGAAAUGGACCGUUUUGGUACGAACUAUGGCUACUGUCUUUAGAUUUGUAUCCAACUGUCGUAGAAAGAUAAACGGAUUGUCGAUCGAAGUGCUAAAAGCUACAGAUAGGCAAGCGAAAACAAUCAAGAAAAACUAUUCGAUAGAACAAUACCCUUUAAAGCAAUUGGAAUACGAGAAGGCGGAACGGAUUCUGAUAAAAGUAGCACAAGCUGAAUCGUUUGGUAACGAGGUGAAGGUAUUGAUGAGGAACGCAAAUGUGUCCGUAGCGGAUAGGCAGCAGAUCGAGAAGUCAAGCUUCCUUUACAAACUGACGCCCCUUAUUGAUGGCGACGGAAUUCUACGGAUGGAAAGUCGCGUGGAACGUGCAGAGUUCCUAUCGUUUAACCCCGCCGUUUUUUGGACAAAAACCAGAAGGCCGCCGUUUAGAGUCCCGAAGAAAGCCGUGGUGUACCGUCCUCGACCAAUACCGGCAUCGUAUCCGCCGAAGGCCAAUCCGUCACCAUAUUGGCAGGUCGAGAGUGCGCGUCUCCGUCCUGAAACUACAACGGACGCCCAAGCCACCCUGAAAGACAUUGGGACGCCAUCGCUAGUCGCCGGCGUUCCUGGAUUAGCCGCCAUUGAAGAACAGGAAGCAGGAAAGGAAGGGAAGGUGUGGUGGAACUGUGGAAGGAAGUAG